AUGAGAAUACUCCCGUUUCUUCAAACUCUCAUAUUUCUGAGGGCGGUAUCAGCAGAUGUAAUCAGCCUCGGAGUUGGAACGGCGGUCGCUGGGGCAAUGGGAUACGGGAUCUAUUCCUUCAAUUAUAUCAAAUGCAAAUAUUUUGAAUGCUGUGAAGCCCCUUGGAUUCAUGAGAGGAUAACUCAAAGUAAGGAUGAAGAAGUAUUAAGAGGUUUUUGCAGGACUUCAGAGGGAGAUGACUAGUUCAUUGUAUGGACAGCAUAUCGCCAUUGACAGUGUUAUGAAGGCAGUGAAUGCACACCUUGGUAACCGGUAGGUUUCUUAUGUCAGCAUUGGCCAUUUUCAAGAAACCCAAAGAAGGCGUUGGCUAUGAGUUUUCAUGGGCCGACCGGGACCGGCAAGAACUUUGUGGCCGGGAUGAUUAGGAAUGCCAUGUUCAAGAAAGCGGAGAAGUCUGCAUUUGCCCACGUCUUCGUUUCAACUCAUCACUUUUCUGACCCACAAGAAGUUGGGCGAUACCAGGUAAAAAGAAGGUUUCUCUGUGUAUUUAUAAAUGCAAUAAUUUAUAACUGUAGAAUCAGCUAAGAAACUGGAUUGUGGGGAAUCUGACCAAUUGUGAGCGACAACUCUUCGUCUUUGACGAGAUCGACAAAAUGCCUGAUGGAGUUCUUGACGCUGUAAGGCCAUUUAUGGAUCAUUACGAAUCAAUUGGCUCUGUGGACCCCAGGAAGAGUAUCUACGUCUUCUUAAGUAAUGCCGGAGCGACAUCCAUUAUAAAGAAGACAUUUGACCAUCAUAGGGCGGGUCUGUUAAGAGGAGCUCUGGCUUUGAAUGACUUUGAUGACAUCCUAAGAAACUCUGCUUUCAAUGAAAGUAAGUCAGUUGUGUUAUUAGGUUUAGGCGGAGUCAUACUUUAAAAAAAAAAAAAAAGGCGACGGCCGCUCUAUCAUCGCGCCAUAAAGUCCUGAGACAUUUGUCGCGCGAGAAAAGUGGAGUGCCGUAAAAAGUAAAUUAAUGCGUAAACCUGGUAAUUAAUAGUAGAAUCCAAUAUUGAAUAAGGUUAGUGUAACACUCUUUUGUUUUAUCAAAACCGUGAGCAGAAAAAACGGCGAAGUCGUAUAUUUUAGACCGAAUACAUGGUAUAACAAAAAAUUUCAGAAGAAAGCGGGUUGAAGAACAAUGAGAUGAUUACCAGACACCUAAUUGAUUGGUUCAUCCCAUUCUUGCCAUUAGAACGGAAUCAUGUUGAAUCUUGCGUCCGAGAUUACAUGCAUCAUCGACUGCUGUCCGUCACUGACGAAAGGGUUGAUAAAAUUGUGGAUCUAUUGACUGUAAGUGAACCUUCUACAGGGUGUUUCAAGAAAACUGCAGAAAGUUUUUGCGAAUACCUUUGUGCUCUUUGAAGCUAUCCAAGAAGUUUAAACUGGCUUUAAAAUAUUGAAUGAUAUUCUAAAAUCGCCCAACUUCGAAUUUUAAAGCCAGUUUAAACUCAUGGCUUCCAAGAGCACAAAGGUAUUCACAAAAACUUUCUGCAGUAUUUCUUGAAACACCCUGUAUAUCUCUGAUAUCAUCCAGUAUCAUCCUGCCUCUGACCCCAUCUACUCGAGCUCUGGAUGUCGCCAAGUUUCCGCAAAGGUGGAUCAUAUUUAUGGACAUGAGUCGAAUCCUUUCCACUCUCAAUUAGACGAUGAAUUAUAA